GCAAAUGCGGCUAUCGUUUAUUGUGUUUUGAAACGUGAAGUGAACGUGAACAGCAGUGAAUUCGAAAAUGGCCCGUACCAAGCAAACCGCUCGCAAAUCGACUGGUGGCAAGGCGCCACGUAAGCAACUGGCUACUAAGGCCGCUCGCAAGAGCGCUCCCGCCACCGGAGGCGUGAAGAAGCCUCAUCGGUACCGCCCUGGAACUGUUGCCCUGCGUGAGAUCCGUCGAUACCAGAAGAGUACCGAGCUGCUGAUCCGCAAGCUGCCUUUCCAGCGUCUGGUGCGUGAAAUCGCUCAGGACUUCAAGACUGACCUGCGAUUCCAGAGCUCGGCGGUGAUGGCUCUGCAGGAAGCUAGCGAGGCCUAUCUAGUAGGCCUCUUUGAAGAUACCAACUUGUGUGCCAUUCAUGCCAAGCGUGUCACCAUCAUGCCCAAGGACAUCCAGUUGGCCCGUCGCAUUCGCGGCGAGCGUGCUUAGGUCGAGACGGCUUCAACUGGCUGC